UUGUAAGCAAAAUGUAAAACGACCGAGCAUGAGCCGAGCAGCUAGCAGACGACAAGACAGUUGACCCGGAUCUUGGAUAAAGCCAAUGACGUGUUUUUCUUGAAGUUCCGGCUCAGAAGUUUGAAACUAUAUUACAUCCUUUGUUAAAUUUUGUAGUGGGUUGUACCGUGUUAGUGUUUGCUGUGUGUAUGAUGGGGAGUGUACGUUGGGCCUUUCGUUUUGGAUCAUGGAAACCCACUCAGGCAGAAUGGACCCUGGCAUCUAGGUGUAUACAGCAAGAAGAAAAGGACAAGAUUGGUAAAUUUGUCUUCAAGAAGGAUGGCAAGGCCUCCAUGGCAGGAAGACUGCUCAUCCGAAAAGUAGUUGCGGAGUCCUUAUCGUACCCCUGGAAAGAGAUCAGCCUUGUUAGGACUGACAGAGGCAAGCCCUACCUAGCUAAUGAGAACAUCGCAGAUCCUGAUUUCUUCCCCAAUUUCAACUUCAAUGCAUCGCAUGCUGGAGACUACACAGUGUUGGCCGCUGAACCUGAGUGGCUUUGUGGGGUGGACGUCAUGAAGGUUGAGAGUAGAGGAACGCCCAGUAUUCCUGAGUUUUUCCGUCUGAUGACGAGGCAGUUGACUCCUCAUGAAUGGGAGGUCAUACGAGCAGAGGACACAGAAUGGAAACAGCUGGAGAUGUUCUACAGAUUCUGGUGUUUGAAGGAGAGCUACAUUAAGGCGAUAGGGAUUGGUUUGGGCCUCGACCUGCAGACCAUAGAAUUUCACCCAAACACCAAGGUGCUACAGAAGGGAGUGGUCACUACAGACACAAAGUUCCAUCUUAAUGGCAAAUUGGACGCCACUUGGUACUUCCAUGAAUCCAAGUUGGAUGACCUGCACUUUGCGUGUGUCGCCCUCAAGAGACCAGAUGGGGUAUCAGCUGAUGUCCAUGUGCCAACUACCGUCUUUAAGGAACUUACAUUCCCGGACCUCGUUUCCUCCGCACAGCCCUUAUUACCAGAAGAUGCAUCGUACUGGGAAGCCUUUGAUAAGAAAGAGGAAAGACCCAGCGGUCAUGAUAAGAAGUGACACUUUAAGAAGGAACACUUUACCGGAGAGAAAUGCCUGAGACUUGGACAAUAAUCCCUUGCUUGACGGCACGUGGACUCAAUUUGAAAUUUCACAGUGGAGCGCAUCUAAUCGAUGAAACCUAGGGACCAAAUUGCAUAGUUUUCCCUAGUUCUAAUCGGUUAGAAUGAAAUUUCAAUCCCAAGAGAGCAGAGAGUAUAUGGGCCAAGGUCUUCUAACUCAGUGAUUGUCUCCUGUGACAUUUACAUCAUCUACUUGGUUUUUUUUGGCUGAUGAGAGGUCCAGGAAAACGUCAGUCUCGUCAUUCAGGAGACAGUUGGAUUGAUGUGAACUGAUCUGAUCUGAUCAAAGUUCAAGACUUGAUAAGCGCCAGUAGUGCAUCCCCAUGUUCAAUCUAAGAAUGCAUCACGAGUGAAUGCAUUACCAGGAUCACAUGGGAAUUGAACCCAAUGGACCAGAAAGUAGUCAAUCACUUUUGUUCUUUAUAGUUGAGACAUUUAUUUUUUUAGCCAACUGGGCACUCGUUAUUUUUUCCGCCCAAGAAACUACGUACAUGUAGUUGUCAGUUUUUGUUAUCCAUUUUUUCCCCAAUUCAUCUUGAAAGAAAACACCUUGAAAGAUUCAAUGUUGGGUUUUGCCCUUCACCGACGCAUUCAUAGUUCCAUCUUAUGAAUAUCCUGAACUAUAUCAUUGAGGAGUCCUUUCUGUUCUUCUGCCGUAAUAUAUGAUUAUUAAUUCACAUUCAUAUUGUCAGUUUUUACUUCUGUGAAUCAUCUUGUCAAAGCCUGGUGUGGUUUGAUCAGAUAAGCCAUACAUUCUUCGUGAUUGUCAACUGCCGGCCAUGAGUAGAGGACACUCACUAUGAUUGCCAUCAGGAAUAUAUCUCAGAAAUAAUGACUUUUCUAGAAUUGGCUCUAGAUGAAUGUGAAUUGUCACCACGAACACUGAACAAAAGAAGCAUACACAAUUCAAAUUACGUUUUAAAGUUUAUUGCAAUGGGAUACCAAAGGAAAAUUACAAAGGGGAAGGGCUACAGAAGACCUUAAUUUGUAAAUCAAAUAAUCUAAACGUAAUAGUAACUUUUGGCGAAGUACAUGUACAUCAAGCUGUUAACUAUUACAAUAGGUAGGAAUAUAUCAUGGUAACAAACCGUGAUUAUCUCAUACUUUGUGAUACCAUAGGCUUUGAUAUCUCACUAUUGCACUCAUUUAUAACUUUUUACAGAAUACAAGUAGAUUGAUACAGUUUUGCUUCAACUUGUUUGACAAAAACUGUCAAUGAAUAACUAGGUAAUCACAUGCUAAAUUCAAAAGCAUAACUUUUCAUCAAUUUUGUUUGUUACAUUUGUCAUACUUAAUCAUGUAAUCAAGAACGCUAUUCUGAAUUGGAAAAAUAUCUUGUUUCUAAUGUUACAUUUUUGUUUAAUUUACAGAGAUAUAUUACACAAAUAAAUACUUUUAUACAUUUUUACAUUAGAUGACACUGCUGUGCAGCUUGCCGAGUUGUUAAAUCACAUUACUCAAAUGUGUUUAUUUGCUUACGCACUGUUAUGCAGAUUGUACAAUAUUAGACUUUUUAGAAAAUAUAUUAAUAUUCCUGUCCUGAAUUAUAUAAAAGUCAUUUGCUUUUA